GUUCUUGCCGGCGAGACGUGUUGCGGUUGGGACAACUGGUGCCGAAACCCGGGACAAGCCUCAUCAUCGCUGGCACCGCACGAAGACCCCUCGGAUACUCGAGGAGGAUUCAGAACUGCAGGUUAGUUUGGAGAGGUAUGGAUGUUGUGGUAAUCGCUGGGGUUACUUUCGCUUUAAUAUUCGGCUCUUUUGUUAUUCUGCUGCUCACCCUUUGCUUCCAGGCGGGUUACUGUUAAAGAGACUUCAGAAGGGAGUGAAUUCAGUCCGGGGUACAUGAACGGCAUCGCUCCUGUGCCGCAAUUCACUUCCGCGUCGUGCUGACAAGUCGGACGUAGAUAAGCCGCACAGCACAAAUUCACUUUCACUUUAUAAAUAAAGGGAAAGGUGUGCACAAGUCGGACGUAGAUAAGCCGCGGCCGCCAUGGGGAGCUCACAAUCCAUCAUUGCCACUCUGGAGACAGUCUUGAAGCACCGUGAUAUCAAAAUAGCCCCCUGCACACUUAAAAAUUUUGUUAAGGAAGUGGAUCGUGUUGCACCUUGGUACAUUUGCUCUGGGUCUCUUACAGUCGCCUCUUGGAACAAAUUGGGUCGAGAUCUUGACCGACACCUAGAGAGUGAAGAUUUGAGACUAGGUACUAAGGCCAUAUGGAAGCUUAUUAAAAACUGUCUAGAGGACGAGCACUGCCAGAGCCAGGUAGAAGAGAGUCAGAUAACCUUAGAGAGGAUCCAGGACAGCCUAUCAGAAACCGAACGGAGUGAAAGGUUAGGCGCGCGAAAAAAGGUCAGGGCCCAAAGUGAAAAAGGACCUCCCAGACAGCUAGAAGAGAGCUGGGGAGAGAGAUCGCAAACGGAAGAAAGUUGCGAUAUGCAAGUAACUGGAAUUUCAAAAUUUAAUAAACAGGAGGGGAUGCAGGCAAAGGGGUUUAUGUACCCAAUACAGGAGCUUAAGGCUCUACAUAUUAAAGGCAGAGAGGGUAAGGAUCAUUUAGAGAGUGAGACCUUUGAUCCUGAAGAUGAAAUUGAGUUAGAGGAAGAAGCAGCGAGAUAUGGGAGAGGUAAAUAUUUACCUGAAGAGUACCGGCUGCCACCUUCAUAUGUAAAGAGAGGACAGACCCAGGCUAUUGCCACUGCGCCACCGCCCUAUGCGGACUGCCGGCCUGCCAUUUCACUCCUCCCAGAGGAGGUUGGUAGAAAACUAGGUCUGGCAUUUCCUGUGUUUGAGGUAGCGGCAGACGGACAAGACGGACAGGGAAGGAUGUAUGCUCCUGUUGAGUAUAGCCAGAUCAAGGAGCUAGCAGAAUCAGUUAGGAAAUAUGGGGUUAAUGCUAAUUUUACCAUUGCUCAACUAGAGAGAUUAGCUAGAGAUUCCAUGACUCCCUCAGAUUGGCAAAGUAUCGCUAAAGCAACACUCAAUACCAUGGGACAAUUUUUAGAGUGGAAGGCCCUAUGGUAUGAGAUUGCACAAGAGCAGGCUCGCCUUAACGCAGCCUCGCUCACUCCUGAACAACAACAAUGGACUUUUGAAAUGUUGACAGGCCAAGGGCGUUAUGCUAAUAACCAGACAAAUUACGCCUGGGGAGUCUAUCAACAAAUUUCAGCUACAGCUAUAAGAGCAUGGAAGGCACUAACUAGAAAAGGAGAAGGAGCUACACAGCUAACUAAGAUUCUUCAAGGGCCCCAAGAGCCUUUCUCUGAUUUUGUAGCAAGAAUGACAGAGGCAGCAAGUAGAAUUUUCGGAGAGACAGAAGCUGCCAUGCCUCUUAUAGAGCAAUUGGUCUUUGAACAGGCUACCCAGGAAUGUCGAAAUGCAAUUGCACCAAGGAAAGGAAAAGGAUUACAAGAUUGGCUAAGAAUCUGUAGAGAGUUAGGAGGACCACUUACUAAUACUGGCUUAGCAGCCGCUAUUCUACAGAUUACAAAAAAGGCUCCUAUGGGAAGAGUAGGACCAUGUUUUACAUGUGGGAAAAUGGGCCACCUGAAGAGAGACUGUAGAAGUCAGCUUACGAACCAACCUGCUCAGGAUGUUUGCACUAGAUGUGGUAAAGGAAAUCAUAAGGCAGAGAAUUGCAGAUCUGUCAGGGAUAUUCAAGGGAGACCUCUACAACCCUUGGGGAAAGGAACA